AGCAACCAUGCACCUUAUUACGUCAGUUUGUGUUUACGUGAAAAAUUACGUCUCUUCGAUGGGAGUUCAGUUCAAAAGUGACAGGUGGUUGAUGUGGGCGUCGGAGUAAGCGUCGGCUGCGGCCAUUUUGUUGGCAGAUCCGAAAAGUUUGGUAUCAUGGCAGAACGUACAGGGAUUAACUUGCCUCAAGGUUCUGAAGGCUUGCAGGUCGAUGAGGGUGACUCUAAUAUUGUAAGAGAAUCAGACGUGCGCGUUCCACAGAAGCUGUCAGGAGAAGAAUGGAGAGAAAGACUCACAAAGGCUUUGGCAGAUGUGGAAUCAGGGAUGUCAGUGCGUCAGGCUGCUAAAAUUCAUUCAGUAGCCCGUAGCACUGUAGCAAAGUAUGCGCACAGUGUGCCUGAUUCUAGCGUAAUAAAGAAUGCGCCAUGGCUGCCUGCUGAUGUAGAAAGGGAUAUAGCAGAGUGGUGCAUCGUGAUGGCUAGGGCUGGCUAUCCUCAGACCAAACAGAGUCUGCCAUUGGUAGUCCAGCAUAUUCUUAAUCAAAAGAAGAAGAAAGUUUUCAAAAAUAAAAAUCUACCGAAUUAUGGAUGGACGAACAGAUUCCUGAACCGACACCCUGAGUUGUCCAACCGGAUACCAGAAAAUCUUGGUCACUUGAGGGCUUCCAUAACUCCAGAUAUAAUCGCCAAGUUUUUUAGAAACUUGGAAGACUUCUUAGAGGCUGAGGGCCUAGAUGUAAAUGAUUUUUUAAGCCUAGAUAAUUCAUCGCGAGUUUUCAACUGCGAUGAAACUGGUGUUGUCAUCAGUGCACAUGACAGGGCUUCCAAAGUUUUGGUUAAAAAGGGUAUUCGGUCUGCUUAUAAAGUGACAGGAGAGGGCAAGCUCAUGAUGACUUGUUCUGUGCUGUGCAUCAGCCGAUGGAAGUCUCAUGAGGCCCUUUAUAGUUAAUAAAGGGAAAACUCCAACAAUUUAUGCGAAGCACCAAGAUUUAGAAGCAGAUUCUUACAGUGUAAGAUGCUCUGAUAUGGGUUGGAUGAUGGCAGAACUUUUUCAUGACUGGUUAGGUAACAUUUUUGAACAGGAACUUAUAAAAAAGAACACUACAAGACCUGUUAUCUUAUUUCUGGAUGGUCAUACAAGCCACAUGAAUUUGGAAACACUAAGAUUUGCCCAUGAGAAGGGAAUCCUUAUGAACUACCUUCCUCCCCACUCCUCCCAUAUAAUGCAACCACUUGAUGUCGCUGUAUUCAAGCCGCUCAAGACAAGUUAUAGAAAGGCCUACAAUGAAAUUUGGGGGGAAUUGUCAGGCAGGGACAUGGCUAAAAAGCACUUCCCACAUGUAUUAAUGAAGGCCAUCAAAGAAUGUAAUAUUGCUGAAAAUAUAAAAAGUGGAUUCCGGACAACAGGUUUGGUCCCUUUUAACCCCAAUGCUGUCAGUCCCUCCAGGUAUGUUACAGCAGGAGAACAACCUGCUUCUCCAGUCCAACUCCAGGAGACCUCUACUAUUACUACAUCAGCAGCAGGAGCUGCAUCUCCCGAGGAAAUUUAUAAUUCUGGUUUUAUGGAGGGACAAAGAUUAACCCUAAACCGUAUAGAGGCUUGUGUCCCACAGGACCAAAUUGCCUUUUUCCAAACUAGGAAGACUCCUAUGGGUUGGAUUAAUGCCCCAGACUUAAGUUAUAUGAUGUUUAGGGAACUUCAGAUCACUGUGCCAUGUACCGUGAAUCCAUAUGCUGGACAAACCCAGCCUGUGGCAGUUGCCAAGGAGAUGGAGCCUUUCCCACAAGCAAUCCCCUCUACAAGUGGGCUUCAGUACCAACCUAGAAGUAGUAGUAGUGACAUCUCUUCACCUGGCCCAUCUGGGAUUGCUACUUCAACACCUCCAGGAGUUGCUGAACGUAUGUCUGACACAGUACGGAGAGAAAUUUUAGCCACUCCACCGGAAUUUUUCCAGGAAUCUCCGUGGAAGGCAUACUUUAAGUUUCCACAACUUACCACCAAAGAAAAACAAAAAGCUCCAGCAAUACCAAAGGCAGCCAAUAGUGAAGACUACAUCAGAUAUUUAGAGAUUAAAGAAAGGAAAAAAAGGCUUACCGAAGAGAAAAAGGAGCAGCGUAAGAAGGAAAGGGAGGCAAAAAUGCUUGAAAAAAAAGAGGAAGCAAAGGAAAAGGUAAAGGCAAGAGCACUGCCAAAAAGCCAAGGCUAGAUGAAGAUAAUAGUGAGAGUGAUUUGAGUGGUUUGGAGGAAUUGAAGGAAGUGAUGAUAGUGAGAGUGAAGUGAAUAAAUGUGGAACCUGCAAAGGGAAGGAUGGGGCAAAUUCUCUUUGGGUGGGAUGCCAGACUUGUGAAAGGUGGUUCCACAAAAGAUGCGUUGGCAUCUCACUCAAGUUGACAAAACAGGAAAUAGAAAAACUAGAUUUUAUUUGCAGUCAUUGUAUGGAUUCGUAGAUUGUUUAAAA